AGAUCAAUUUACUUCAUGUCUAGAUUUGACGCAUAUUAACCUGGCAGGUGUGUCGCAUAAACUCGAUGAAUGUUAACGUUGAGAACUGCAUUUUGUACCAUGGGAAAAAACACUGCUGAUCAGCGUCUGAGGUACAAGUCUCCUCGGCCUAACUAUGCACUAAGCGAGUUGACAAUUUCCUCGCUUAUUGUAUCAUGGGUGUUUACCAAUGUAUCACUUUUAAUUAGUCUGUCGGUCGGCAUUUUGUUGAUGCGUCGAGUUCUUCGUAUCGCUACUUUUGUGGAGCUUUUUGAGAUAUUAAAGGGUUUAGUGUAUAACCCUAGGGAUUACCAUAAUGUCGCUGUGGCACUUCUCAAGAACAGUCCUCCUACCAUAUCUCACAUGAGUCUGGUUUACUUUGGUUCAUAUUUUUCACUGUGGAUGUGCCUGUUCCUCUAUGUUAACAUGUUGAUAAUAAAAUGCUGCUGUAAAGCCGUAGCUAGUAAAUAUAAAUGGAUUUAAGAUUAUGCGACUGUUUGAAUUGAACGCAUUACACUUUUGCUUUACGACGUUCACCACGGUUCAAUGCAUGGAAACCGUUCUUGAUAGGAUUCACAGACCUAUAUCAAAAUUAGCUCACACGAUGCUA